AGGUUUAAUUAUGCCAAAUAGUCAGAAAAGGAAACGGAAAAGAGUUUCAGAGUCUGAACGAACUCCGGCCAAAAAGUCUAGGAGAUCAGCGACUCAUACUCCAAAAACACCGAAAAGUGACAAAAAGCCAGCGAACAAGCAUGAAAAAGACGAAAAAUCCAACCAAAAGAAGAAAAGAAUAUCAAAAAUGCUGAAUUCCAAGAAAAAGAAGAGGUUGAGCGCUCAAAGACACCGAACUCGAAGAACAAGGGACAUUCGACAGAAAGUCGCAAGAACGCUUGAGAGAGCACUCGUCGAAGCUCCAAAAAUUCCAUUAAUUCAUCAUCUUUUCACUUCGACAGAUUCAAUGGGAACACCAAGAGCUUCACUCAAGCAAGUUCUCAAACAGCUGAGGAUAUCAGAUUUUGUAAAAGACACCCACAUCCUCCGUGAUUCCCAUAUGAAAACAUUAUCUCAGUUCACUACUCUUUUUACUAUUGAGGAAGAUGAACCUUUUCAGGGCCUUUUUGUGAAAUACAGGCCUAUUUAUGAUAGAGAAGCUGCGACAGUUUAUGUGGAUAAUCUUCCUGAAGGCUGCUCCGAAGAGAAAUUGCUCAGAUUAUGUAGUUGUUAUGGAACUGUUGUGGAGGUUCGAAUUUCGAAAAAAGGAGGACGGUGGAUUCGUCCGAAGCAAAAUUUCAAGAAAAGAACAUCAGGUGUCUCCACAAAUCGCCAGGCUCAUCGAACACCUCCAAAAAAGAAACCUCUCAUAAACGUUGGCUCUCGUCCAAAAGCUUUCGGAUUUGUUAGAUUUGUUGAUUCUGAUUCAGCUGCUGCAAUGGUUCGGGAUUUUAUUGUUAACGAUCCAUCCAUAAAAUAUCAAAAACACGAAAAACGUAAAAAAGAAGCGGAAUUAGUUCGUCGACAGGAGGAAAACGAAGAAGAAGAAAUUCCAGAUAUUCUGAGCCCUGGAGAAAUCGACGAUCUGGAACCGCCAGUUGUGCCCCAGGAAUUUCCGCCGCGACUCAGGCCAUUCGUCGAACUUUACAUGACAAAGUUAUUAAGAGAAAUUCGGUUUUUAAAAAUGCGACGAAAGCGGAGGCCGUGGCCAAUGUAUAUGAGAUUGAGAAAGUUGGAAAGAAGGUUUGCUGAGCUGAAACGUCGAGAAUUUGCGUGUCUCCGAAAAUCAGGAGCCAUUCAACCGAGGAAGAGGAUCAGGAAAAAUCUGAAAACUCAAAUUGAAUCUGCAUUCUCCCCGUCGACUUCUAUCCCAUCAUGCUCAACUGGUCGUGCUCCUCCUCCAACUUCACCUGAAGACGAAGCCCCUUCGACUUCCGAAAGUCUACAAAAUCCAAUUCCAUACCACAUCAAUAUUGAGCGAUCACGAAACAAGAGGAAGAAAAAGUCGAAAAAAGAAAAACCGAAGAAGAAAAAACCGCCAACAAAAAAGGAGGAAGGUAUUGAGAAACCAGAACUUGUCAAGAAGAAGAAGAAUCGGCGGAGGAAGAGGAAGAAAAUGUGCCGAAAACUUGCCAAGUACAUUCCAGGAGGCCAGGUUCGAAGAUUUUUCGAGACGAUUCAAGUUUUUUCGUUGAAAAAGUAUCUGGAAAUGAAGCGACAAUGGCAAGAGUUGAUCAGGCUGGAACAAGAACGAAUGAGAGAAGAUCAAGCUAUUGAAGUUCCCGAUAUGGAGUUUUAAUUUAAAAAUGUAUUUUCUAAUAAUUAUUGUAAAAUCCCCACACAUGCCAUUUCCCUGUUAAAAUUUCAAGAAAAAAACCACGGUUCAAUCUCUAGAUCUACAUCAAUCAAUUUUUAUGAACUAUUCAUCCCGAUUUUUUUGUAUAAUAUAUUGUUUUUUGAUU